AUUUUGCCUAAAGAAAUUGAUAAAUGAAGACCGACGGUCAAGUUUUUCUGCCUACCUUCUUCGCUUCUCAACUAUUCUAGAGACACCUGAAAGAAAUCAUGCGAACUGUGUGUUGCAAAUUUUGUUGAUUAAGAGACUGAUGUAACUAUGUAAGUUGCGUGUACUCAUCUUCUCUCGCCACUUGACAGAAUUCUCAGAAUUUGACAGACUCGAGCAAUUUUCCCUCUGAAGUAUUGUAGAAUCUAAUCGUAUACACAAGCUGCACAAGUUUUGUUGAUAAAGAUAAUCCUUAUCUCCCCUUUUAUCGCACAAUUUUGCAGGUCUUGCUCAGCUGCUUAAUGCAACCCACGCCCAAGGGCCAAGGCGAUUCUGCCGAUUCAGACCUCCGCAGCUCCGCCGCCUCCGCGUCUCCAGUCGAACCGCACACUGCACACCGCACGCCUGCACGCCGCCGCCUGAAGUCAACCAGCCGCCCGCCUCCCUCACUCCCUCAGACCCUCAAGCUCCCUGCUCGGUUGCUCCCGCCUGGCCGUCUCUGGGCCUCCCUCAGACCAGUCGUCCAGUGGAAUUCCGAUUGGUUACUUCUAUGAUGGAAUUGUUUUCCUUUCAAUCAGCGCCAUGCUCUACUGCUAUAAAUGUUAGAAGUGAAAUGAUCGAUAUGCAUCCAAGUUUUACUCAAUUAAGGAUUCCCACGACUCCAGGGGAAAGUUUCUGCUAUUCUGUAAUAAAACCUCUCCGUUUGAGAUGCUCAUCUUUAGAUAGAUCAAAGAAACACCGUACGUGUCUAUGUAGUGGAAACUGCGAUUCAUAUGUAGUUGAUGGCAUCACCAUGACCACAAAUACUGGAGAGGCAGCACCUAAGAUUUUCAUCCCUGGUUUACCGGAUGAGGCCAAGGGUGAUUAUGCAGCUCCAAUUAGCAGUUCUUUCUGGGAAUGGAAGCCGGAACUGAAUGUUUAUUAUGAGAAAUCUGGGUCUGAAAAUGAAAAUUCUACGCCAGUGCUCUUUCUUCCAGGAUUCGGUGUUGGUUCUUUUCAUUACAGAAAACAACUCAAGGAUCUCGGUUGCGAAUUUAGAGUUUGGGCAUUAGAUUUUUUAGGGCAGGGUAGGUCGUUGCCAAACAAAGACAUGACUUUGCAGUUGAACAGUGUUGUUGAUUCAUCAAAUUCUGUUGGAGAAGAUCUUAUAUGGGGUUUUGGAGAUGAAGCUCAACCUUGGGCAGAAGGGCUGGUUUAUUCUAUGGAUCUAUGGAGAGACCAAGUUCGUUACUUUAUUGAACAGGUUAUUGAAGAGCCGGUUUAUGUUGUAGGAAAUUCGCUAGGGGGGUUUGUUGCACUUUACUUUGCAGCAUGCUACCCUGAAUUGGUAAAAGGUGUUACAUUGCUAAAUGCAACACCUUUUUGGUGUUUUCUGCCUAAUCCUAUUAAAUCUCCAAAACUGUCGAGAAUAUUUCCUUGGACUGGGACGUUUCCUCUUCCGAUGUCUAUUAGAAAUGUCAUGAAGCUUUUAUGGCAGAAAAUCUGUGAUCCUGAAAGUGUAGCAGAGAUUCUUAAGCAGGUUUAUGCAGACCACUCGAUAAACGUGGAUGAGGUGUUUUCAAAUAUAAUUGAAACAACAAAGCAUCCUGCUGCAGCUGCAUCCUUAGCUUCGAUGAUGUUCGCUCCUGGGAGUCAACUAUCAUUUGGAGAAGCUCUCUCUCGGUGUCAAGAAAACAAACUGCCCUUAUGUCUAGUUUAUGGGAAGGAAGAUCCAUGGGUGACUCCAUUCUGGGGGUUUCGCGUCAAGGAGAAAAUGCCUGAAGCUGCAUAUUAUGAGAUUAGCCCUGCAGGCCACUGCCCCCAUGAUGAAGUCCCUGAGGUUGUGAAUUUUCUUUUGAAAGGAUGGAUUAGAAGCCUGGAAUCUAAGGGUUCAGUGGCAUUGCCUCUGCUGGAUAACACAGAGUGUGCUGCCUUUGACACUUCCAAGGAGGUGGAGUUUAUUCGAGGAGGACACAAGAAGGCUGUCAAUGUACAAUUCUAUGGAUCAACAGCUUCACCGUGGGAGAGGUUUCGUUCAUAUGUUGAUUCUCUGUUCAAGAUUAAUGUCCCAAAACUCCUGGGAAGAGCAUAGAAGUUCUUGAUUCAUGUAGUUUUAGUGGUUGGAAAUGCACAGGGCAUACACAUAUAUAAUAUAUGCAGUCUGUAAGCUAGCACUGUUGUAAAGCUGGAAGUGCCAUUUCACUCUUAUAUUCGGUAAAAUUGGGAGUUUCAGUUUAGGUAUGUACAUAUAAAGGGCGUUCUGGUGUGCACAGUCUUCCCACAUAAUAAGGGUCCACCACAGAUCGACCAUUGCAAGUAUUAUUAGCAAACAACUUAUAUAUGCUAGUGGAACUAAGAUGUUUCAAGCAUUGGUGAUUGGUUGUUACUUUCCUUAUUUUCCACCUUUAGAGAUGAUCAGCAAAGGAAAUGGCCAG